UUCUCAGGAAGAGGGAAAAACCAAGAAACAUCAUUGGCUAGACCAGGAGAUACAAGAUGGGGCUCUCAUUAUAAAACACUAGUUCGUAUAGAAUCGAUGUGGGAUGCAGUUAUACAAGUGUUAGCUAUUGUGCAUGAGGAUGAGCGUAAUCCAUCUAGGGCAGGAGGUUUGGUGCAGAUAAUGGAGUCUUUUAGCUUUGUGUUCAUCAUGAAGUUGAUGUUGCAAAUCCUUCGCAUUACAAAUCAGUUGUCACUUCUCCUCCAAUGGAAGGAUCAGAAUAUUGUUCAAGCCAUGUCUUUGGUUACAGAUGUGAGGUCUUCCUUGGCCAACUUGAGGAACCAUGGUUGGGAACCACUCUUUGAAGAUGUCAAGAUCUUUUGUAAUGUUAAUGAUAUUCCGGUUCCAAAUAUGGAUGAAGCUGUACCGAGAUUCGGCCGAUCAAGAAAAGGAGGGAGAAAUAAUGUUACUCAAGAACAUUUUUUUCGUGUUGAUACCUUCUAUGCAGCGAUAGAUGCUAUCACCACAGAGCUGGAUCAUCGCUUUAAUGACAUGGCUUCAGAACUGCUAUGUGGAUUUGCUUGUCUUGACCCAAGAGACUCAUUUUCCAAGUUUGAUUUGGACAAAGUUGCUAAGCUUACAGACAUCUAUGAUGCAGAUUUCUCCAAUGAUGACCGUAAGCGUAUGAAAACCGAGCUCCAGUUGUUCAUCAACCACAUGAGAAGACAUGAUGACUUUAGAGUUUGUUAUGAUCUUGCAAGCCUAGCCAAGAAAAUGUUUGAACUUGAAAGAAAUAUUAUGUUCCCUCUGGUUUAUCGCCUUAUUGAGUUGGGGUUGCUUCUACCGGUGGCAACGGCAUCGGUUGAAAGGGCCUUCUCAGCAAUGAAGAUCAUCAAGACUGAUUUGCGCAGCAAGAUGUCCAAUGGUUGGCUUGAUGACUUAAUGGUGUGCUACAUCGAGAGAGAGAUAUUUAAAGGACUUGAUCUUGCUGAAAUUAAGAAAGAAUUUCAACAUGAAGGUAGAAGAAUGCCAUUGCCACGUUCUACUUAAUGAGAGUAAAUCUUCAUUAUGGGUCAUUUUUAUGCCGGUCUAGGUAAUAUAAAUGGUUUUUUUGGCACUCAAUCAUCCAUGUAAUCUUCAUCAAGUGGGGUAUUUAGAGUGCCAAUAGUUAAGUUUUGAUUUCGGUUUUAUUUGUUGAACACCAAGUAAUAUUUAUCGAGUAUUCUAGUGAGCACUUCCAUAGUUGAAUUAUACAUGGUUUUUUUUUUGUUCAUACACUCCGCCACACCUAGAAAUUA